UUGUUCCAUUAAAACUGUGUAAAAAUACUUCCGUCUUUACUUGAAAAAUUUAAAGCGUAAAUUAGAAACGUGUUUUUUACUCAAAAUCCAUCCGUUAAGAAUAACAAGUAUAUAAAAUGAAUCGUCACCGAAAAAAGAUAUUGCGACAACCAAAUCCUAUUUCAAAGGCUUCAAUUCUGUCAAAACUAACCUUUUGGUGGCUAAAGCCAAUGUUUUCAAUUGGAAUGAGGCGAACAAUUGAAUCAGAAGACAUCUAUGAGGUGACAAAUAGCUUGCGAAGCGAUCGAAAUACUGAGACAUUUGCAAAACUAUGGGAAUUAGAGCUGCAAAAAAGGAAUCCAAGCAUUGUGCGGGUGAUGUUAAAAGUGCACGGUUUCAAGGUGUUUACACUUGGAGUGCUAUACUGUUUGGGAGAAACACUUGCGAAAGUCAUCCAGCCGAUUUGUUUGGGUGGUUUCGUUGAAUACUUUUCUAAGAGUGGCAAUGUCUCAUUGAAUGAUGCAUAUUGGUACGCAUCUGGUAUUGUCAUCACAACGGCUUACAUUACAGCAACAUAUCACCCGUUUUUUUUAUUUAUAUUUAAAACCGCUUGCAAAGUACGUGCAGCGUGUAGUGGAUUAAUUUAUCUAAAAUCUUUGCGUCUCUUGAAGUCAUCGACUGAAGAUGGUCAAAAUGGAAAAAUUAUCAAUUUAUUAUCGAAUGAUUUGACGAAAUUCAAUAAUGGACUUAGAUAUUUGGUCGAGCUUUGGAGAGGACCAAUGCAAGCAUUCGCAUUUUUCGUGGCAAUUUAUAUAGAAAUCGGCCACUAUGCCAUCAUUGGCAUGGCAUUUUUAGCUCUUUUCGUUCCACUGCAAGCUUGGAUUGGCAAGAAAUCGGGUCAGUUGCGAAUGAAAAACACAAAACGAACGGAUAUUCGUGUUAAAAUUAUGAACGAAAUUUUGCAAGGGAUCCAAGUGAUUAAAAUGUAUUCGUGGGAGAAAUCGUUCGCGAAAAUGGUCGAUCAAAUUAGAAAAAAGGAAGUGAAAGCCAUUCGUUCAAUUUCAUAUAUUCGGGCGACAAUCAACUCAUUCAAAAUGAUACCAAAAGUGUCGAUAUUUCUCAGUUUGAUUUCAUAUGUUUACUUCGAAAAUGAAAUCACCACCCGAAAAGUGUUCAUGGUUUCAUCUUACUUCAACUUUUUGAAUCAAUCACUGGUUUACAUCUUUCCAAUUGCAAUCACGCAAACUGCUGAAGCAAACAUAUCAAUAAAGCGACUUCAAGAGUUUCUUCUGAGGCCGGAAACGAAAGGCGCGGAAAAAUUGAACAAAAAAGUGGAAGAAUUAAAGAAUGAAAACAAUAACAACACGAUGUUCGAAGAAAAAAACGGUAAACAUGUUGACUUAUCGAUAAACCAAGAGAUUGGAAUGGAAAAUACAACAGUGUUUGAUAAUGACGGGGAAAAUCCUUGGAUUGCUUACACCGAGAAGAAGCAUAUGAUCUCUGCUGCCAGCAAACGUGUUCAAAACAUAAACAGCUCCGAAAAGUGUAUUCGACUUGAGAACGUCACCGCAGUAUGGGAGCAAAAUGAAAGUCAACAACGGAAUGGCAUAUUCGAUGUGAACGUCGAAAUCAAUCCCGGACUGUGUGCGGUUGUCGGGAAAGUUGGAUCCGGUAAAUCAACGUUGUUGAAUAUAAUUUUGGGCGAAUUGGAAUUGGACGUGGGUUCGAUUAUCAUCAAUGGAUCAAUCAGUUAUGCAUCUCAAGGCCCAUGGUUGUUCGACGGAAGCGUUCGUAAUAACAUCAUAUUCGUCGAAGAUUUUGACGAGCAACGCUACAAUCGGGUGGUCGAAGUGUGUGCUCUGGAGCGAGACUUCAAGAUGCUUCCGCAAGGAGACGCAACCAUAGUGGGUGAGCAGGGGUCAUCGCUGAGUGGCGGACAAAAGGCUCGUGUGAAUUUGGCUCGAGCUAUCUAUAAACAAUCUGAUAUCUAUUUGCUUGACGAUCCAUUAUCAGCUGUCGAUGCACACGUCGGCAAGCACAUCUUUGAAAGAUGUAUAAAAGAGUUUCUGAGCGACAAAAUCUGUGUGCUCGUCACACAUCAAUUGCAGUAUUUGAAGAACGAGAGGCAUGUGAUUCUGAUGAACAACGGCAAAGUGGAGGUGGAGGGAUCAUUCCAAACAUUGGAAAACCUCAGUAAGAUAUCGCUGACAUUUGCUCAAGAAGAAGGAGAAGGAGAAGAAGAAAAAGACAAUGAGAAUGAAAAAGAUAUAUUUCAGAAUGGGACCCGCAAGCGAUCAUCGACGGCGUCAUUCUGCAGUGAAGAAGUUGAACAUAACCAAAACGAACGCAAAGAGCUCCAAAAGAGUGGAUCAAUUACUUUCAGUAUUUAUAAAACAUUUGUCCAAAGUGCCCAUAGUUCCUGUUUUGUGUUCAUCGUUUUCGUUUUGUUCAUUGUCGCCCAAUUGGCCUGGAGUGGUGCUGACUACUUUUUAUCUGAAUGGGCCAAUUGGGAGGAAAGAGUGAAGAACCAAGUUUCAAACGUGUCAGAGGAUCGCGAGAUGUAUAUUUAUAUUUACAGUGGAAUCAUGUUGAUGUGUGCCAUUUGCUACACGGGUCGCUCAUUUUCAUUUUUCCAAAUGUGCUUGCGUAUAUCGAUUAAUUUGCAUGACAUGAUUUUCCAUGGCAUUUCACGAGCCAAAAUGAUUUUCUUCAAUAAUAAUCCGAGCGGGCGAAUACUUAAUCGCUUCGCAAGCGAUAUAAAUAGUGUUGACUCUCUGCUGCCAAAUACCAUAGUCGAUGUCUUAGACUUUAUUUUACAAUAUGUGGCCAUAGUGGUGAUCACAGCGAUUGUUAAUCCAUGGUUACUCAUUCCAGCUAUAAUAAUGACCAUUCUAUUCUAUUUAAUGCGUGUGUUAUUCGUCAAAACCGGACGAAGUUUUAAGCGAAUUGAAGCUUUGAGUCGUAGUCCGAUAUUUUCGCACAUGAAUGCCACACUUCAGGGACUACCAACAAUUCAUGCAUUUGAUGCCGGUAAAAUUCUGGAGAAAGAGUUCCAUGAGUUUCAAGAUCAUAACUCAUCAAGCUUUUAUCUCUUCAUAUGCGCAUCGAGGUGGUUUGCUUUCUGGUUGGAUAUGGUGUGCCUUUUAUAUAUAACCCUCGUUACUUUCAGCUUUCUACUUCUGCCAAUGGAGAGUGGCAAAGUAGGUCUAGCAAUUUUAAGCAGUAUAAAUCUUAUUCUACUUUCUCAGUGGGGCAUGCGACAAAGUGCAGAGCUAGAAAAUCAAAUGAUUUCCGUCGAGCGAAUUAUUGAAUAUGCUGAAUUGCCACCGGAGCCCCCACUUGAUUCAGACGAGAAAAAUUCUCCUCCAAAAGAUUGGCCAUCUCAUGGAAAUAUCCAAUUCAAAUCGCUGAGCUUACGAUAUGCUGAAAAAAGUACUCGAGUACUUCGCAACUUAACGUUCCAAAUCGAUGCAAAGCAAAAAAUCGGCGUGGUGGGUAGAACGGGUGCCGGGAAAAGUUCGUUAAUCCAAUCUCUGUUUCGAUUGGCACAAAACGAGGGACAGAUUUUGAUUGACGGCGUAGAUAUUGGAGUGAUUGGUCUUCAUGAUCUGCGCAAGAAGAUCUCUAUCAUUCCGCAAGAAGCAGUUCUAUUCUCCGGCAGCCUAAGAUUCAAUUUGGAUCCAUUCGAUGAGCGAAGCGAUAAUGAACUGUGGGAUUCACUGGAGCAAGUCGAAAUGAAUUCGGUAGUAUCUGCAUUACCUGGUGGAAUUUAUACUAAAGUAUUGGAUGGUGGAUCGAAUUUCAGCGCCGGUCAACGUCAAUUACUGUGUUUGGCCCGUGCCAUUCUGCGCAAGAAUAAAAUUCUGAUUUUAGAUGAAGCCACCGCAAACGUCGAUUCGGAGACGGAUAAACUGAUCCAAGAGACCAUUCGAAAAACGUUUGUCGACUGCACUGUGAUUACGAUUGCGCAUCGAUUGCAUACGAUUAUGGAUAGUGACAAGGUGCUAGUGGUCGAUGCAGGCGAGUGCGUCGAAUUCGAUCAUCCAUUUGAAUUGAUUCAGAAACCAGACGGAUAUUUUAAGCGCUUACUAGAUCAAACCGGUGGCUCAACAGCAACGGCUCUUAUGCUCAUAGCAAAAGAGAGCUAUGAUAGGACUGCAAUGAAGAAAGAAGCCAACGAACCAACGAACCAACGAUGUUGAAGAACAGAAAAAAUGGAAAUGAACAGAGAAGUUGAAGAACGAGUAAUUAAUUUAUCUGAGAAUUUUUUGUAACAUUUCAAAUAAAGUGACGAAAGCAUUAAAACGAC